AUGGGCGGAAAAUUCUUAGAACCAACUGUCUUAGCAGUUGUUUCAGAUCUCGGUGGUUUCGAAGACAUUCUUAUCGAGUCCGAUAACGAUGAAGAUAAUCGUGAAAGACAUGAUAAUCAAUCAAAGCCGAGACUACAGAAAGUGUAUAAACUUGGAUAUGAAUGUUUAGGUUGUCUGAAGGAUUUGAAAAACUUUUGGAGGCUAGAUGAGGAAAAUGAUGAUGGAACUGUGGCUAGAUUACUUUAA